AUGAGGCAGGGGCUAUGUAAAAGGCUAGUAUUAUUGGUGUCCUUAAAUAUAUUAAUAUUUAUAAUGGUUAACUACAAUUUUUGUAGUUUUGGUUUUAUAAUAAAUAGAAAUGAAGUAAUGAAAGGUAGCAGUAUAAUAAUAGAUAAUAUGAAGAAGAAGCAGAGCAGGGAAAAAAGAAAGAAUAUUGGAUUUGUGAAUUGUUUUAUUUUAAGAAAUAACAAAAUAAGAUGGGGGAAAAAGGAAGAAAAUAAUAAGAAAAUAAAUAUUAAAAGAAUAUUUUUGUUUGACAGAAGUGUCGAUAAAGUGAGUGGUCAUUUUUUACAAGACAGAGGAUUAUUUAUAGAAGCUGACAAGAAGAUGAAAAUUAUAGAAGAGAUAGAAAAGAUGACAAAAUUAGAAUAUAAAAAUGUUGAAAAAUAUUUGAAUGUAUUAAGUGAGAAUGAUGUAUAUGAAGAAGUAAUAAAUCAUAAAUUUUACAUGUAUAAAAAAAAUAAUGAAAAAGAAAAACAUGAUAGGUUAAUAAAAAUACAAGAAUUUUUAAAUCCUUUUAUAAUAAAUUUGAGGAAAAAAAAAGCAAAAGAAAAAGUUGAAUAUUUAAUAGCUUGUAUCAUAAAAGGUGUAAAUAUAGAUGAAGUAAUAACAGAAAUGUUUAAAAGAAAAAUGAUUGAUAUUUAUGUAUUAACAUUUAUAGAUGACAAAAUUAUGGAAGCACAUACCAAAUUAUUAAAAGAUGACAAAUUAAAUAAUAAAGAUGAACAAAUGAGUAUAUCUGAAAAAAUAUUAAGAACAUUAAAAGAUCGUAUUAUAGCUCAGCAAAAAUUAAAUAAAAAAGGAACCUUUGUAUUUACAAGAUUAUUAUUCUUAUCAUCUACCUUAGAUAUUAAUGAAGAUAGAAAAUCAAUGAUUAAAUCUAUGAUUAAUACUAUUGAACAAUUAGAAGAAUUUGAAUUAUAUUUAUUAGACGCUCUAGAAUAUGCACAUGAAAAUGAUAAAUUACAAAAAUAUAUACCACAUAUGGAGCUCCUUCUAAAUGCAUGUAAGCAGGUAAAUCCUGUAUAUAACCAAACCUUAAAUAAACAAAGUGAAAAUAUUGGGUUCUUUCCAGAAAGUGUUGAUCCUUCCAAUUUAAAAAAUUUUUAA